UUCAUUUGGAUAUUUUUUAUUCUUGGAAUUGCUUUAAUAAGAAUUUGUAAAAAUGAUGGGAAGGAUAAAAACAAUCUACUCCUCCUCCAAAACCCUCCUGGAAUUCCAACAAUUUUUGUUUGCUAUAUUGUAUGUUGCCAAACUUAAAGGAAUGUUUUUUCUAAUUGAUUGGCAUAAUUAUACUUUUUCAAUGUUUGGUAAAUCCAGUAUAUCCCAAUUAAUUGCUGGAUUUGAAGGUUUUUGUGGGAGAUUAUCCGACUUAAAUUUAUGUGUUUCUAAUACAAUGAAAAAUGAUUUGCUUAAACGAUGGAAUAUAAAUUCAACUGUUUUGUAUGACAGACCUCCAAGUUGGUUUUUCAGAUCAAUAGCAUCAGAAAAAUGCGAAUUUUUAAACAAGUUUUUGGCCGAAAAAGAAUCAAAACUUCAAAAUUUAUUCUUUACUGAAUCACCCGAGGGAGCGAUAACACUACGUGAGGAUCGUCCAUUAAUUAUGGUCUCUAGCACAAGUUGGACACCCGACGAAGAUUUUUCAAUUUUACUUACAGCCUUGAUUGGUUACGAUGAAUAUUCCCAAAGUGAUAAGGGUCACUUAUUGCCCAAACUUCUUGUAAUUAUAAGUGGUAAGGGGCCACAGAAACAACUUUAUUUGGAGAAGAUUAGCACCAUUCGAUGGCACAACAUUUUAUCUUGUGCUGAUAUUGGCGUUUGCUUACAUGCUUCAACAUCAGGAUUUGACUUACCCAUGAAAGUUGUGGAUAUGUUCGGAUCAAAACUGCCAGUUUUGGCUAAACGCUUUCCUGCUAUCCCCGAAUUGGUAAAGGAUGGAGUAAAUGGAAUACUCUUUGAUAAGGCUGAAGAAUUGGAACUAGCAAUAAUAAGAAUUUCAGAAAAGUUUCCUAAAAAUGAGGUACUUAAUGAAUUAAAAAGCAAUGUAGGAAAGGACUUUAAAUGUUGGGAGGAAAAUUGGGAAGAGAUUGUUUGGCCAUUGUUAAAUGAUUAG